AUGUCGACGAGGAGGCGAGUUGCGGAGGAGAGAUUGUAUUACAGUCCUCCGGCAAUGAGAAUGCACAACCAGCAGCAGAGAGUGCACAACCAGCAGCAGCAACAGCAAAAGAAACAACAAUCGAAGCUAACUAAGUCUUCACCUUCGUCGUCACCGGAAAGAAAUGGGUUCGUGUCAGAUUCCUAUUUGGAUCGUUUCUUGGAGCACACAACUCCGUCUGUUGCAGGUCAACAUUUUACUAGGACAAGCAUGCGAUCAUGGAGAAAUCGUGGUAAUGAGUUCAAUCCAUAUUUCAUUCUCGGGGACCUUUGGGAAUCUUUCAGGGAAUGGAGUGUUUACGGGGUUGGAGUUCCUCUUCUUAUGAACGGGAAUGAUUCGGUUGUCCAAUAUUAUGUACCAUCCCUGUCUGGUAUCCAACUGUAUAUAGAUCCCACGAACCACGUCAUGGAUCAAAGAAGACCCGGUGAGGAGAGCGAUGCAAAUUCAUCACGAGACACGAGUAGUGAUGGGGACACUGAAAGUGGGACUAAUACGAGAGCCAACAGUGCACGAGGACCUUCGGUUAGCAACCCUCCUGGUCUGCUUAUUUUCGAGUACUUUGAGAGGGAGCUUCCUUUUCAUCGUGAGCCAUUGGCUGAUAAGAUGUUGAUACUUGCGUCCCGCUUUCCCGAACUCAAAACGUACAGAAGCUGUGACCUGACUCCAUCGAGUUGGAUUUCCAUUGCUUGGUACCCUAUAUACCGGAUACCUGUGGGCCCCACUCUGCAAAACGUCGACGCCUGUUUCUUAACCUUUCAUUCUCUUGCAAAACCUGUUAGAGGUGGCGGGCAGGUACAAGAUGCUAAUAAUAAGCUUUCGUUGCCAACUUUUGGACUUGUUUCAUAUAAGUUCAAAGUGUCCGACAGGGAUGGAAAUGGAGUUUUUGAGGGUCAAAAGGUAACUUCACUCCUACGAGCAGCCGACAACUGGCUCAGGCUGUUGCAAGUCAACCAUCCAGAUUACAAAUUUUUCAUGUCCCACAACACUUUCUGGAGAUAA